AUGCCUGCGCAGAAGGCAACCGUCGAUGUGGAAGCAAGGAAACGAAAGAAGGCGGGGGAUACCGGGAAAUCGAAACUCAGACUGAAUAAAAAAGUGGAAUUAAUGCUGAGCAGCGUGCGCUGGAGAGGCUACGCCUGUCCAAGCCGUGGGCUGCCAGCCUCCUCUCCGGGAGAUUACCGAGGAGCGCGGGGAAGGCUCUGUACACCCCGGGCAGAGAGCCUCUCCGGGAGAUUACCGAGGAGCGCGGGGAAGGCUCUGUACACCCCGGGCAGAGAGCCUCUCCGGGAGAUUACCGAGGAGCGCGGGGAAGGCUCUGUGCAGCCCGGGCACACAGCACCGCCCGGCGCUCUCCGGCGCGGCUCCCGCGGCCCGCUCGCCCCUCAGGGCCCCGCUGCUCCCGGGAACGGGAAGCGGAAAGGACAGCGCCGGGGCGGAGCGGAGUGCGGCCGGGGCGAUGUCCUGGUUCUUGCUGGAGGCCGCCUGGUCCCUGCUGACCACCGCCUGGUCCCUGCUGGCCGCUGUCUGGUCGCUGCUGGUUGCCGUCUGGUCCCUGGGGGCCACGGCCUGGUCCCUGCUGGUCACCGCCUGGUCCCUGCUGGCCGCGACCUGGUCGGUGCUGGCCACGGCGUGGUCGCUGCUGGCCUCCGCCUUCCUGGGGGCGCUGGCGCUGCUGCAGCAGGGCCCUCCGACGCGGCGCUGCGGCGGCCUGGAGAUCGCCGAGCUGCUCCAGGACCUCCUGCGCUAGGGGGGGCGGUGCUGCCGCGCGUGUCCCGGUACCGCAGCCGCGGGUGGUUUACUCACUUUUAUGUGGUUUCUGUGCUCUGGAAUGGUUUUCUGCUGAUCUGUCUUUUCCGAGCUGAGUUCCUUGGAGAGUCACUCCCAUCAUGGAUUCAGCACAUGCACCAUGCUCUUGGCAGAGAUUCUCAGAGGAAGGACACAGAUCGAGAGCACUUCUCUGCGCUCCUGGUUCUCUUGCUCCUUUGGCUGCAUAGCUGUCGAAGACUUGCAGAAUGCCUCUGGACCAGUGUGUUUUCCAGUGGUGUCAUUCAUAUCGUGCAGUAUUGCUUUGGACUUGGUUACUACAUUGCUGUUGGUUUAACUGUGCUGUGUCAAGUGCCUACUAAUGGUAGGAAUGGAAAAAAGCUUUCUGUGCAGAUCUGCUGGUAUCACAUUAUAGGAGUUAUGAUGUACAUUUGGGCCUCUCUUCACCAGCACAGAUGCCUUGCAAUUCUAGCUAAUCUUAGAAAAAGCAGAUCAGGAAAGGUCGUAAGUCUGAGCCACAGUGUACCUUUUGGAGACUGGUUCGAGAGCGUUUCUUGCCCUCAUUAUUUUGCAGAGCUCCUCAUAUAUGUUUCUAUGGCCAUCACACUUGGAAUUCACAAUGUCACGUGGUGGUGUGUAGUGAUGUAUGUUCUUUUUAACCAGGCACUGGCUGCUGUUUUAUGUCAUGAGUUUUAUCAGAAAAACUUCAGCUCCUACCCAAAGCAUCGAAAAGCAUUUAUACCACUUGUUUUUUAGAGAAGUUUUUCUGAAGUAUCUCCAUGCAAACUGGGAAUAUAAGAGAUUAAUGGUUUAUUAAAACCAAGGUAAAGUUGCACAUUUUCUCUAAUUCUAACUCAAAACCCCGUAAUUUUAAUGAUAGUCUUGUCUAUGUUACCAAUUUGUGAGGAAAUGUAAGGUCUCUGCAUAUCAUGCAACCUAAAAAAGGUUUACUGAAGACCUUAAUUCAAAGUGGAGAGAUGCUAAUUGUGUCGUUUCUCUUUUAUAAUUAUAUCUUAUGUAUAAAACACAUGCAGCAAGUCCAAAUUCAUAUAUGUGAAGGCUAUUGAAAGGAGGG